CCUGUCCUGGCCUCCGCUUGCGUUUCAUUUUGUUUUUGCUCUCUUUUGUGGAAAAAUUAAGAUGAAACUAUUUCUCCCAUUCAAUUCUGCUAUCUAACUAAUCUAUGGCUGCUCUUCAAAUUCUCAAAUCAUCUCUCUCUCUUCCUUCCAUCUCGCACUCGAAUUUUGGCUCUCAAUCAACACGCUUCGUCUCUGACUUUGAUUCCCUACUCCUUCAUGGACGUCGGAGGAGUUUGCGUUAUGCCUGCGUUUAUAGAAGGUUCACUUUCCGUUGCGCUGCUAAAGAUACUGAUAAGGAAACCAAUGGAGAAGAACCUCCAGAAUCAUUAUUCAUGAAGGAACUGAAGAAGAGAGGUAUAACUCCCACUUCCUUGCUUGAGGAUACUAACAGCAGUGACUUUGAACUUGGUGGCGAGAUGACUGGAGAAAACAGAGAUUUCUCCCGUAGAAGUGCUGUUUCAACGGAAGUUAACAAGAGCCUAUCCAAUCAAAGGGAGCGUUCCAUGCAAUUGAACAGUGAAGGCCUUGAGGGGUUGAUCCCUCGUGCUAAACUUUUGCUAACAAUUGGAGGAACGUUCUUCUUAGGAUUCUGGCCGUUGAUCAUCAUAACGGUUUCGUUCUUUUUUGGUUUAUACUUUUUUUUGGGAGCCUCUUUUAUUCAUGAUGGCCAAACGCCAAUAUCUCCUCCACCGUAUGUUGACCCAUAUGCUCUUUUAGAGGACGAAAGAAUUUCACAAAUAGCUCCUCCUGUAAAUUGACUGCUGCAAAAUCCUCUAAUUGGUUGGUUUUCUGCUACUUUGUUUUCCUUACCCAAUAUUUAUUGCCACUAUAUGUAAAUGAUUAUUAGCUAGAAUUUUGUGGUCUUGCGCUCUAUUUUAUUUCUCGAAGUCUUUAGUUUUUUUUUUUCUUCGACAAUAUCUGGGUGGGGGGAGGGAUACCAAAUCUAUGACCUCAAAGUUAACAGUACAAGUUGUAAAACCUUCAAUCAUUCACACGUAGACGGGGGUAAAAGGGGGGAAAGCUGUUGAAGAAAGGAUGUAGGGGUUUAUGCACGGUUUUGGGAUGUUCUGUGGAGAAUUUUGGAGGUUAGGGGAAAGCUUUUGGGAAAGGGAGGCAACUCUCGAAUCAGUCCUUAUCUCGUCUUGUUUUGUAAUUGCUAUGUUUUUUCUUGUUUUAGAGAUAUGGUAAUAAAUAUUAUUGCCCUUUUGGUUGUUUAUUAUUAUUAUUAUUAUUGAAUUAUGAAAAAGAUGAGGGAGAUAUCCAAGUCCCUCUAUUUUGGU